GUCACCUGAACUUCAAAUUAAAACAGUUUUAAUUUGUCUAAUUUUCAAGAAAUCCUGACGGCAAGGAGGAAAUGCUGAAGAACACUCGGACUGUGGCGUUUUCAUGCAACACAAAACAUCCACAUUGUGCACUUUUCCCCUUAAAAAAAAAAAUAAAUAAACCUCGUGUCUUGGUCGGCUAUAUGUUUAGGAUGACCCUCACCAGGAGAUCAGAUAUGUCUUUUCAAGCCUCCACCACAUCCCCAGCAGCGGUGACAAAUCACGCGCAGGUUUUUCGGAUGUUGCCUGAUAGUAGAGAGCCCACCUUCCCCCCUCCUCCUUCACAGUCGUAGUAAAACAGACUCCGUGUAGCUCGCCGCCAUGUACACGCGCAGAGUGGCACAUCUCCAAUGCGCAGUGUGCAUCUCCUGUCCUGGCUGUUAGAUUUGCUGUCGUCUGUGAAAAACCGCGGCUUGUGCCUCACACAGGAGAAGCGCUGCGGAUAUUCAGACACACAAAAAAAACUGGUAAAAUUCAGCAGAAUUUCAACUAUUAAGACGGUUUUUUUUUUUUCUCCUCUGCUCUAUCUUGAAAGAGUAAGGGCUCGUCUCUGAUUCACGCGUCUUAUCCAGGCUGCAUCUCUGGCUUUGAGUUGUUGGAGAGCCCGCAGAGGCGAGCAUGACAGCAUGACAAUGGUGCAAGGCUGCUUGACAGCAGGAUGAUGCGUUUUUGCUUUUUGCCAUUUUGCGUUUUGACUUUUGAGGAACGGGCUCUUUGCCGGAGGUGUCCCCGUGAUAAACCUGCAGCGUUUUGCUUGGUCUAUUUCACCUUGAAAAUAUUAAUACUUUGUGUGUGUUAUGGUAAACAUCUGGUGCCUCGUCCAGUCCGCUCUUUUCUCACCUUUCUCCUCCCAUCCGCCGCAGAGCUUCUCUAAUUGGAGCGACUCCGAGCAUCUUAAUUGAUGGAGAUCAUCCACAUCGGACACUGAGCACGAGUUACAGCGUUUACCAGCGCACCAGCAGGCUGAAACACAACGAUUCAGCUUCUUGUUGGAUGUUAUUGUCUCCUCUGCUGCUGCUGCUGCUGUUGUUUGUCGUUCACCCAGUUAGUCGUAUCCUCCAGUGACAAUGCCGGUGAACGCGCUGCCCCGUGGCGGCGGAGGCAGCAGCGGCAUCGGCGGCAUCGGCGGCCCGGGGUCCCUGAGCCCGGCGUCGCUGUCCCGCAGCCUGUCCCGACUAAGGGAGUACCGGACCCGGACGAGGAUCAUGCUGGCUCUGGGAGUCUCUCAGAUGGUCCUGGGGAGUCUCAUCCUGGCAGUCAGCUUCGCGGCUCUGGCUCUCACCACAUCACCCAGAGUCCGACACUCGUGCCCUUUCUGGGCAGGUUUCUCUGUGCUGCUCUCUGGACUGAUCGGAGUGGUGUCAUGGAAGAGGCCGCUCUCUCUUGUGAUCACGUUCUUCAUGCUGCUGUCAGCAGUGUGUGUGAUGCUCAACUUGGCGGGCUCCAUCCUCUCCUGCCAGAAUGCUCAGCUGGUCAACUCUCUGGAAGACUGUCAGCUGUGCGGAUGUGUGUUCCCCCCUCCUCCCCACCAGCUCAAGUUUGACAGCGAUGGAGUGUGUGUAUGCUGCGAGCUACAACAACAGAGUUCGAGCUGCAACAACCUGGGAGAGACACUGAAACUGAAUCCACUGAGGGACUGCAAUACCAUACGCCUCCGUCUCAAGGAGCUGCUGUUCAGCGUAUGUGCCCUUAACGUCAUCUCCACCAUUGUGUGUGCUCUGGCCACUGCCAUGUGCUGUAUGCAGAUGGUCUCAACUGAUGUGCUGCAGAUGUUUAUGCCACACAGGGCGCGAGCCUUAAAUGCUGACUGUAUGACCCCCCAUGGAACCAUCCUCCACCAAACACUGGACUUUGAUGAGUUUAUUCCUCCCAUUCCCCCUCCGCCCUACUACCCCCCAGAGUACACCUGCACCCCCUCGAUGGAUGGACAGAGAGGCCUGCACCUGGACUUUCCCCAUUCUCCCUUCAGUGCCAUCUAUGGGGUGCCCAUCAACAGCCCAGGGACCCUGUACCCUACUGACCUGCCACCUCCAUAUGAGUCCGUGGUGGGGCAGACCCCUGCCAGCCAGGUUACCACCAGCAUUGAGCAACAGGCUACUGAGUCCAGUUUAUGCGACAGAAACACCACUGCAGGUCUCAGCACUCAGGCCUCGGUGGACAGUGCAUCACUGAUGGUGUCAGAGGUGGCUGAUCAGGACCAGACUUGCUCCUCAGAGGACUUGUGUUCCCUGGAGGUCCAGGGCUCUGACUCUUCUCCCUAUGGCACACUCCACACUGCCCCCACUGAUGGAAGCUGCACCAGCCUGGAACUUUGUACACGUGACUCCUCCCGCUUGCGUCGUGGCCUGACUAACAUGGAUGCACGCCCCAGUGAUACUGGAUACAGUGAGUCUUCACACACCCAGGAGUCUCUGGAACGCUCUCCUGACUGGUCCUCAGAAAAUUUUAGCAAUCUGGACCAGGAGGAUUCCACAGACAACACACACCCAUGUGAAGAACUCAGGGCUGCAAUGCACAUAUGUGACGAGCUUGCAUCAGCCAAACAUUUACCAGAGGAGCCACCUAAAGCGUCGCCACACUCCCUCAUUAAAGCACGAAUGAUGAGCCGGAAGCUCACGCUCCCUGUCAGUAUCCCCCCACCACCUCAGCCUUGUUCCCCCACCUCUGUGGCCUCCUCUGGUGGAACUUCAGCCAUUAGCCCUUUGGCUCCUUCUCCUUCUCCUUCUCCACCUAGCAGGCCACGUGGCCCCAGGCUGUGUUUCAGUGUUUGGUCACCCUCUUCUACAUCACAACCCCCCUCUACCUCAGUCCAAAGUGGCUACUCGCCCUCAGAGAGGCCUCGGGUGCUCCGAGCAGCCAGGAGGUACCGCAAGCUGGCGCGCAUUGUCCGCUCCACCAGUGACCCUAUCUCCUGCUCCUCUACAACAGGACGAGAAAAUAAUGGCUGUGCCUCUGCAAAUAACCCUGAUACUGAAGCUUCAGCUCAUACAUCACCAGAUCAAGAGCAAAGAGACAUUUCAACAGAGGCAGUUGGAGCUAAACCCAGUCACUUAUGUGUCAGGAAGCAGCAGAAGGAUGACAGGAAAGUUGACAUCCACCUUAAAGCACGCUCGCUGCACACACACUCGUCCCACGAACGCCCGCACUCCCUGGCUGACCUGAAGAUGUACAAAGACACCAAGAUAUUGGUGGCCAAGUUCCUGGAGCAUUCAAGCUGCAGUCUACCUCCUGAAGUCCAGCAGGUUGUCAACAACAUCAAGUGCGUCAUCAAGUCGGAUGAGAAACACAUGGAGGAGGCCAUUUUCAGUGCCAAUGUCAUAGAUCAGGUGAUGACCCAGCGCAUCAUAGGUAGUCCGAGGAAGCGAGACUACCAGGAUCUUCACCUCCAGAGCUGCGGCGCUUUGAGUUCAUCCCCGUCCCCUUCCAUGCGCCGUCCAAAACACCUCCCACAAACAACCAGCACCUCCACCAACCCACUGGACUCCCCUUCCUCUGAUCAAAGCCUUGAGUGCAGAGAAACUAUUCUCUGACCACUCUUCCAGCAAGGACUCGGGUCAAAACUCUGAGGGCAUUUCAGGGUGCUGGAGUUGCAGACACGCUGUGCGGUGUCUGUAGAGUAAUUAAUAACUCUUCAUUGGGAGAUCAUUUAUUUGUACAGUGUGACUGCAAUAUAGGCAAACUGAAGUAUUCUCAUGCUGCAUCUCCUAGUGCCCUGUGAGACCGUGCCAAGUCAUCAGCAGAAAUGGUAGCAAACUCAGACUGAGCCUGCCAGUGACUGUAGUGGCUUCUUUCUCAUCAGAAAAACAAAAGAAUGUUUCUCCCUCAGGGGAUCUUUUCUACUGAGUUUCAUCUCUGAAAAAAACAACAAACAAAUAUACAACUGGUAAGUUUGAAUCUGUGACUGAAAGACAAAGGAGAUUAUGUUUUCAGUAUUCCUCUUGUCCUCAAAAGAAAGAGAGAGAAAUAUGUUUGUAUUAAACUGUGAACAGAACCGACUGGGCAUUACUAGCCAUUAUUUGCAGACUUUGUGGAACUGUUACUGAUAAGGUGUUGAAUAUUUUGUGGUGUCGCUGGUUCAAAAACAUCACAGAUGUGGAUUAUUUAACUUACCUCAUUGUGUUACAAUUCUUAUCAGUGUUACAAUAAAAUCUGAGUUUGUA